GUUGAUAAUGGCUGGCGGCCAGCAUUUAUCAACGAGGAUUCGCCUGGCCAUCGAUAUCAACACGUGGCGCGCCACCGAUCUUGACCCUUCAAAAGCACAUACGGGUGCAGACCUGAACAACCCGGUCUCGACCCUCAGCCCAGAAUUUCUCGACGCAUCCUGGGGCUCCUCGUUAGAGUUCGGCUGGCUGCCGGAGACUGUGCUGGUAACAACAGGUUCUCCAGUUCCAUCCAGAUGUGUCAGUCAUGCUCGACUUAACAUCUACGGUCGGACCAUCCAGCACCUUGACAAGGGUUCC